AUGCCAUACUCAAAUCCCACCUCACCCGUCCCCUCACCCGUCAAAGAGACCGUCGUUCACGGUCACAAUUCAUGGUUACAUCACUACUAUGAUCAAGACCCCUACCGUGACAGGAAAUCAGUUCUUCACACCCCUAUGCCAAUCCCUAGACGAUCAUCAAGCGGUCAGAGAAUGCCAAAUGGGAGGACGAGAUCACCCGCGGCGUCUAGGACAUCGAGUUAUAGUAAUCACGCCGGACCCUCGUCAGCAGCCAAUGCGGAAAACGUGUCUGGUCCUUCCACUCCAGUCGAUGGAUUGCCCAGUCGACGCAGUGCUUCGACACCACCCGCGUCGACGCCCAAAACCGCUCUUGGCGUCACUGGUCUGCCUUCUCGACCCGAAUUACAGGCAGACACAACGACGAGUGAGAGUACUGGCUUGGGACUGAAACUUGAACCUUCGCCCGAGAAGCCGAUCCCGGGUUUAACGAGAACGUUGAAGGACUCAAUGGACUCUACAUCGACCAUCGAAUCGUCACUUCCUCCCACGCCUGCCGACGAACCGCGAUCACUUCCCAUCUCAUCCUCACCCGAAGGAUCACCCACCAAAGUCGCGUCAAUCAAAAAGGAAGAGGAUGACAAGGAAAAUGCAAUCGCGACAAUUCCUUUCCCUCCAUUCGAGCCCCCACCCAGUCAUCGCACCAUUCAUCUGUCGUCACCUCGAACAUUCUCUGACACGCCCUCACGUCCCACCAUGAUGGGCAGACGUGGAUCUCACAAUGGUCAACGGACCGUCUCGGCACAUGCAUCUUCCCUCUCGAUCGACCUUCCUUCUUCUUCUUCGAACAAUGGAAGGGGUCAAUCGCUCGAACCACCUGCUCGUCCUUCAUCCAUGAUCCGAAAGAAGUCUGGUGAAGUCGUCAAGCCCUCCCUCAAAGUCCGAUCCAUGUCUACACCUGACUUGUCGAGACAGCCCGAAGAAGAGCACGAUGAUCCUUCCGAUCACGAAGGAGGACGCCCUUUUGGCGAAGAGCGAUCGAAAUCAGUACGAUUCGCCGGCGACGAUGAUGACGAACCUGGAACGCUGGAGAAUGUCAUCACCUUCCUCAAGGAACAGCGACCUGUCCAAUUAGGACAGGAAAACAUGACCGAGACCGAGACGGAGAAUGAUACAGAUGCUUCUGACUUUGUUCAGUUCCGAACGCGACGAAAUGCCGCUGCGAGGGCUAUUGAUGAGGCCGAACGCAUCGUCAUGGAAGGCGGCAGUCGCGUCCCUCGAAUCCGCGUAGACUUUUCACCAGACGCCAGGAGUGUCUUGGGAAGCGAGCAUGUGGUGCUAGAACGCGUCGACAUGGCCACGCCGGGCCCUUUGGCGCUAAAAGGAACUGCUGUCGUUCGAAAUGUAUCCUUCAACAAAUGGGUCGCUGUGAGGUUCACCCUUGACCACUGGCAAACCGUCUCCGAGGUCUCUGCCAACCAUGUCUGUCAUAUUCCCUCGAGCACUACUGGAGACGAAGGAUGGGAUCGUUUCAGCUUCUCCAUCAAGCUUGACGAUUACAAACGCAAGCUUGAAGAACGCCAGUUGAUCCUUUGUGUCCGAUUCUCAGUCGACGGCAAAGAAUGGUGGGAUUCCAACAAUGGAAUCAACUACAACUUCACCUUCAAAAAGGCUCCUCCGCGCCGUGCUGUGCGAAACUCUACGCCACCUUCACUAGGCGCCAACUUUGCCUCGGGAUUGCAUGGAGCUCGUCAUCGUGCCGCCUCACCUCUGGGGUCCAGUGGAGCUGAUAUGAAUAAGGCUUUCGGUGUUCCUCCUCGAUCCCAACACUCGACUGGUCCUCGUGAUUGGGUGUUUCCUCGUUUCUCUGCGAAUCUGAUGGAUGAAACUCCAUCUCGAGUCGACUCGCCCAGUCUAUCUCCACCUCCUGCCGCUUCCUUCAAAGCUCCAGGCCCACCUGACGUCCACACCCAUCUCUCGCUCUCAAAGUACUGUGCACCCUCUACACCUGUUCACUCGCCCGAAGUUCGGACUACUCGCCCGCUGGAAGAGGUCACGACACCUGAGAUGCGCUCGACAAUGAACGUCAUGGGCGGUCAAUUGGCGACUUUGGCUCCGCCUGAAGCUGAUUCGGAUCACAUUCGAUCAGCUAGCUGGAGCGGCAGCAAGACUGGAUCAUGGGAGUCGUUCAGCAAGGCAGUCGAGAAGCUGGACACGGACGGCGCACCUGGAGCGCCUGCUGCGUCCUCGGAUGACACAUCGGACAUGAGCGGAUACGAGAGUCCCGAUACUACGCGAGUGGCAUCCGAUGGAGAUUCGACACCGCUAGCUGGAUCAAGGUCUCCCGUCGGUCUACCAGAGGAUGGGAGCGAGGGUGAAGGAUCCGGCGGAUCAUCUCCUGUCUCCCGGCCAUUAACACUCAAACGAUCCACUGGGAAUCUACAAGCUUUGAGAGACGCCGCGGAGCAGGACAGCACUGAGACUGAGGAGGAGAGCACACCUUUGUCCUCCAAUCUGUCUUCGCCGCCUUCUCCUCGAAUGGGUUUGCCAAAUACUCUUGAGCUCGGCUCGCCAUCGCCUAGCGCUUCGACAGGCGACUCUAGUCCUGUCAACACCAUGUCCAUGGAUAGCAGUGUAGCGGAUUUGACGAACCUCGAUCAUGACAAUGAUCCUUCGGUCGAGAGAGGCAGGUCAUUGGACCUAGAUCAGAGGUAUCAGGAGCUAAUUGAAAAGUUCUGCUUUUUCCGAUCCCCUGGCGCCACCCCAAUGGAAGAGAAUGCCUACAAUCAGCCAUUCCGUAACCCUCGGACUCAAUUCUCCACCAGUGGAAGCAAUAGCCCGUCUGGAUACUUUUAUCCUGGGAAUGGAGGUCCUAACCGUAACCGAUCACCUCGGUCGACUCCCACGCCUCAAGAAUACAAUCACGAAGCCGAUGCUUUCAGAUUCUUGACCAAUAUCAGGGAUGAGGAGGAGACGUUUGAACCUCGUCUAAGGUCUCCCGGAGCGAUCAAAAUUCCACCUGGUAUCGUGGAAGGAGACGGAGGACCUGGAAAUCUCACGCCUAGAGCCUCACCCCCUUCGACCACUGGUGCUGGAGGUAUCUGGAGAGCCCAUGAUGUUCAGCAGACGCCUUCGCCCGGACUCGCAAACUAG